AUGUCAUUUCAAAAUAAACAUAUGAUGAUGUCAAUGGACAGCGACACUGCCACGGCCACUAUGGAUAUGGUCAUGGAAACUGCAUCAUCCGCCAUGGAUCACAUGUCGUCUCACGAUGAUAUGGCUGGUAUGCACAUGUACUUCACAGCUCAAUUUAAGGGAUACCCCGUGAUAUUUAAGAACUUAGUGGCUAAUAACAAGGGUCAAGCAUUUGGGAUAUUCUUGUUGUUGUUCUUUGUUGCAUUUUUAAACCGUUUGUUGGAGUUUGUGAGGAACUAUCUUGAAGAAGUUGUUUGGCAAAAUCGUGAAUACCAAGAGUUUGAAAGUGGCAUUGCCAAUGCUCCUGCUAAUUUACAAAGUGUAACUUCAGGUGCCAACUGUCACGAUACCAAUAGUUCUGAUGAUAGCUUACAUAAGGGUGAUUCUGUUCAAGUCAGUAAGCCCGUCAAGUCACUUCCGAUUGCUUCUACAUUGUUCAGAGAUGCCAUUCGUUUGUUCCUUUGUAUUGUUCCUGAUUUAUUUGGAUACGCAUUAAUGUUGGGAGCCAUGACUUUCACAUUGACAUACUUUUUUGCUAUUGUCAUUGGAUCCGGUGUAGGUAGAUUUACAUCUGAACGAUUAAUGGAGAGAUUUAGAUUAAAGAGAACUCCUCCUCUAAACUGUUGCUAG